CCAUGGAAAUAGUAUGUUGAUGAGACUCUACAGAACCGCCUGUGACGGCGGUGAAAGGGGAUGCGACGAUGAGAACAAUGAUAGUGGGAGCAGUGAUGUCUGAUUCUUUGAUGGAAGCCAGUAACCAGAGAUAGAGUUUUAAGUUAGAAGAAAAAAAGAAAAGAAAAGUAAAGAGAAACGGUGUCUUACUUUGUGCAAACCCUAAUGGGAGAAAUCAGUAGAAUUAAAGUUCUUAAUUACAUCCCUCACAGAACAAAAGAGAGAGACUUAACUUCAAGGAAGGGGAGAAAGGUUCGAAUUGAAGAAACGCCUGUGAUUAGUGAAUAUGAUCAAAAUCCAAAUCUUGAUAAUAACAGGCAAAUCAAGUCCAAAACCAGGAAAAUCCAAGAAAUUGUGCUUGCACGAGCAGCAGCCCCUCCCGAGGAAUUAGCAAAACCAAUUAGAGGACCACAGCCUGAAUCUUCAGCUGUAUUAGGCUUAAAGCCUUAUACUACCCAACAACCCAUGGAAGUUAAUCCGGGUUCUUCCAGCUGUAAGGUGAGAGAGGAGGGUGGCAAUGCUGGUGAACAAGGGAAUAUUAUGGUUGAAUCACUGGCAGUGCAUGAAGAAUAUGAGUCUGAUGAAGAUAAUGAUGGUGGCAAUUGGAUAGACGACUUUGCAACUGCAUUAGUACAAGAUCAACCAGAGGAAUUACUGAGAGAGCCUGAGAUUGAAAUGUUGGAUAAUGCUCAACAUGUAGAGAAAUGGUGGGAGUGGAAAUUGCUACCUAAAGACUGAAGAGAAGGCUUGUAACAAAAACACUGAAGACUGUGAUGACUGAAAUUCUUAACUCCUCCAAACUUAGAUAUGAUUUGACUACUUACCCUAAAUCUUGUAUCUAUGUAACCUU